AUGUCUACAGGAAGUUCAACUUUCACUCCGCCGACGGCUCCCACGACCGGUCUGACAUUCAGUACCCCGGCUGAGAGCUCAACCCUCCUGACUUCAAGGACGCCAACUGCCCCUACCACUGGUAAAUUCGACUUCAAGUACACCAACCGCGCCAACGACGGGCCUGACUUUCACUACCCCAGGUACUCCUAUAACAGAUCUGAGUUCAAGCACAGCAACAGCGCCUACAACAGGGCUGACUUUCACUACCCCCGGCGUUUCUUCAGUAGAUUCGACUUCAAGGGCGUCAUCAUUUUCACCAUCUUCAUCUUCGAGUGGUGUCAUCACCGAUUCAAUUUCCAGUUCCAGAACAAUACAAACGACGGACUAUUCCCGGCCAGCCCCCACUUCAAGCCAUGGUUCGUCAAGCCAACAGCUGCCAUCGUCGCCAUCUUCCACGGUCUCCUCAGUUUCUCAAACCGAAAGCUCUUCCUCGUUUACAACCAGCAUGACCUCUACACCGUCAUCUCCAACAUCUCAGCCGGCAACGCCUUCUCUGAGUUCUGGCUCCUCUUCGAUUUCGGUUUCUUCGGACAAAACACCAAUAUCUACCACAUCUCGAGGAUCGCCGACUGGUUCUACGUCGGCAAGCUUGACAAGGCCUGGCACAAGUUCGAAAUCUACGCCAAGCAUCACACCAUCUUCAGCUGGAACCUCGAGCCCAACGACCUUAUCGUCGUCAUUCACCUCACGGGGCACUCCCUCCUCGGGGACUGUGGUUUCAUCUACCCCAGCUACUAG